AUAAAGAGGAGUUUCUUCAGGCCUUUAAUCGUCUUUCAUUAUUUAUUUCCUUAUUAACCGUGAUCAAAACAUUGAUGGUGGAUCGCGGGCGGCUGUGCUCGAGACCCGCGGAAUAACGUGCGUUAUUUUACAUCUAUCGCGUGUGUGUAACGAUGGCUCGCCCACGGCCACGGGAAUAUAAAGCUGGAGAUUUAGUUUUCGCCAAGAUGAAGGGAUACCCGCACUGGCCGGCGAGGAUUGAUGAGUUGCCAGAGGGUGCAGUGAAGCCACCUGCUAAUAAAUACCCCAUCUUCUUCUUUGGUACCCAUGAAACUGCCUUCCUGGGCCCCAAAGAUCUGCUGCCAUACAAGGAAUAUAAAGAAAAGUUUGGAAAGUCAAAUAAGAGGAAAGGAUUUAAUGAAGGCCUGUGGGAAAUUGAAAAUAAUCCUGGUGUCAAAUUUACUGGUUACCAGAUCAUACAGCAGCAGCAGAGCUCAUCUGAGACAGAAGGGGAAGGUGGGAAUGCUGCUGAUGCAAGCAGUGAGGGCGAUUCUGUUGGUGAGGAAGAUGAAGGAAAGAUGAAGAGUGACAAGACGGGGUCCAAGCGAAAAAAAAGUGCAGCCUCCAAGAUGUCAUCUAAGCUGUCCAGGAAAUGUUCGGGAGAUCUGGAGAAGGAUGGAAAAAAUCCUGAAGGGAAGAGCGGCUUGGAGUCUGUUGACCAUGACAACAACAUCCAGAACUCUUCGGACAAAACAUGCAGUCAAGGGCAAAAUCUGUCUGUUCGGGAGGAUCGCUAGAUGAUCGUUGGACUGUUCAUCGUGGUCCAUUUGUUAAAUCGCCGAUGUACAUUUUGUCAUUGCCAUUUCCUUAUACUGAAUGCUUGCAAACAUCCACACAUGACUUUUUGUCCACAGACAUACAGUACAAAACAAUAAUGCAUAACACAAAAGUUUCAUUCAUUUUGUGGGUUUUUACAGAAACUAGAAUCACUUCCUCAAUGCCGUUUUGAAUUUAGAUUUGCUUCAGAUUUCCUCCCAGCGCUGGGCACUUUUUUACAUUCUAAGAAUCAUAAUAGAUCUGACAGGUGAUCUGAUGUUUGUCUCAAAAUCAUCAUGGCUAUUUUUCAGUUUUUUUAUGUGUUGAAAGUGCCACGUUCUGUAACUUUCUGUAGAUUUGAUUUGGCUGUAGAAUCUAGAAGCUCUGUCCUAUAAUCCCAACUCAUAUCUGUUCUGUGUCAGUGAGCUUUGCUCUUUUUCUAGUGGCAUGUUGACUUAUAUCUUCAUUGCAUAGUUCACGUUUCACCUGUUGGUAAUGUUUUUCUGUUAGCAUUGAGUAUAGGGUGACCACCUGCUAAUAAGCCCAAGGGGGGACAAGGGGUGUGUUUUUGAGGGACAAUGUGGGACACUCCCUGGCCCGGUGGUGCACCCAACCCAUGGGCCGACUUAUUGAUAGUGGUUUACCCAUUUCUAGCACAUACCACCUUACACUGCAAAAAAACUUAUUUUCUAGAAAAAAAAUUGUAUUUUUGUCUUGUUUUCAGUAAAAAUAUCUAAAAAUUCUUAAAUUAAUAUGCUUUUUCUUGAUGAGCAAAACGACCCAAGAAAAUAAGUCUAGUUUUUAGACAAAAAUAUUGAAUUUAAGUGAUUUUGUGCACAAAACAAAGAUCUGCCAAUGGGGUAAGCAAAAAAAUCUUGAACAUUUUUCUAAAACACUAAAUUCAAGAUUUUUUGCUUGUUUUAUGCACAAAAUCACUUAAAUGUGAUAUUUUUGGUCUAAAAACUAGACUUAUUUUCUUGGGUCGUUUUGCUCCUUAAGAUAAAGCAUCUUAAUUUAAGAAUUUUAGAUAUUAUUUAGAUAUUUUUACUGAAAACAAGGCAAAAAUACCAAGACAUUUUUUUCUUGAAAAUCAUUUUUUGCAGUGUACAUGGCAUAUUAUUUAAUGCCAUAUUCCCCUAAAAAUUAUGUAUGCUCAUGAAUAGGCCAACCAAUGUGUAUUUUUUUUAAAUAAAGAUUCAUAAUAUUUUGAACAUUCAAUGAUUGACAGAUGCACUUCCACUUACGAUUUACUUUAGCUAUUUAAUUUAUUUUUCAUUAUAAUUUAUUCACUUAAAUAAAUUAUAAUAUAAAAUUAUAGAAUUAACAGGAAUUGAAGUUGCUCAACAACACAGAAACAGUUAAAAAAGUCUCACAACUCCAGGGGUUCACGGAACGAGAAGAGGGAGGAAGGAUGGUGAACUUGCAUGUUAGUAAAGGCAGGCGCAGGGAAAAAAACUGUUCAGUGUUCUGGAGACAUCUUUAGGACUUUCAGCCACAAAUAUUUAUUUUCCCAGUCUUUCUUGUACCCACACCUUCUCUUUUUAAUUGAUGAUGGCAGUGCAGAGUCAGACUCCGUCUCUUUCUCCAUUUUUCGAAUUGGAAAGCGCGCAUCUAAAAGGGAUGCACGUACGUGGCUGCGUGCGGACUGCGCUGUCAUGACAACAACGAAAAGUUGACAACAACCUAGUCAGCAGUUCAACUCGAGGGGUGACAGUAGCUUGCGAGUGGCGAGCGAGCCUGAACUGUCUAGUAAUGUUCGUUUGGCUGCCUGGGGCUCAAGGAUAUAGAGCGACCAACUAUUUUUAAGCAAGCAUUGAUUAUGCGUGACACGGUCUCAAUUUGCGGGACGCAUGAAUUGGGCUUCAAACGCUGUGCGUUCACGCGCUACGCGGGACGGGUGGUCACCCUAAUUGAGUACGUGAUCUUUUCUUGAUUUGUUACAUUUAUACAAAGAAUAUAUUCUAUUUAUUUUGCGCAUAGUAGAUGACACAAACAUGCUAAAGUCAUCAAUGUACAUUUCACUUUCAUUUUUAUUACCCUCAUAAAUUGGGAUUUUCAUUUAGCCUUUUUUAAAGUUUGUAGCUACAUGUAUAGUGUUUCUUCCUGUUUAUUGACAAGACUUUUACAGAAUAAACUCAUUGGAAUGCAAA